AAGAGUUGCAGAGAGAGAGAGAGAGAGAGAUCCAUCCAUGGUUUCUUUUCAAACACCAGUCUCUCCAAAUCAAAGAAAAAUGAUUUCUCAGUUUGAGAAUUCAUCAAAGAAGAGGAGAUGGGAAGAGAUAGAAGAAGAAGCCAAAGAGGAUGUCGAGAAGCAUUCAAACACAACAUCAAAGGAGUCUGAUAUUGAGCUCCACCUGGAACAGAAACCCUUACCUUUGGAGUGGCAACGAUGCCUCGAUAUCCAGUCUGGGAAGAUACACUUCUACAAUACUAGGACCCAAAAAAGAACCUCUAAAGAUCCAAGGCAAAGCCCAGAUGGAAAUGGAUCAAGUAUUCCCAAACAUGUAAGCUUAGACUUGGAACUCAACCUCCCAUAUGAAUCAUUGAAGACCCAUAAUUCAGAUGAUAAUUGGGCCAAACAAGAACCGGUUCGGAAAUCGAUGGGUUCGGGACUAUCCUUGGAGAUGGAUCAGCCAGAAAUGGUGGCAACAGUGUGUUACCGGUGUCAUAUGUUGGUUAUGUUGUACAAGUCAUCCCCUUCAUGCCCAAGCUGCAAGUUCAUGCACCCACCAGAUCACCAAAGUCCUCUAACCCUAUUUAAAAGGCAUAGGCUCUUGUGUUGUAAGCAGGACUAAGGACUAAUAGGACCAUAGCCUUAUAUGGCUCUACAGUAGUCAGCCUAUAUGUAUCUUUCCAAUUAAAUGUCAUCAUCAUCUCUCUAACCCUCCAGCAUAGAUGAAAGAAAAGCAAAUUGAAGAUUAACAGAAAUAGAAAUAAUACUAUAGGAUAUAUGAGACUUAUGUUUGUUUGAAGUGGAUGUAAUUUUCAACUACUACUAUGGUCUAUGACUCUGGGGUAGUGUAAAAUGUAAAUAUACAUCAAGUGUGUGCAGCAUUACACAAGGGAUCUGUUUUGAUAAGCUUUCUUCUGGGUGUUAUGUCCUAGAACUUUAAAGUUGGGAUCAGCUCUCAGUACCGGUUUCAUUCACGUACUGUGGGGAGGUGAUACAUGUUCUUUUAGUUGUCAUAAGGUACCCGUGCUUGGUGAUCACACUAUAGGGGAUCCCACCAUCCAUGGGGUAUCUUAAUUCGAAAUUUACAUUUUAUCUGAUGGAAUGUGAAAUCUUAAUUUUUCAA